UAUUAGAAAAAAAAACAAGUAUUCACUCUGGAGAUGUUCGAUAAGCGAAAGUAGUUUUUAAUUAUUCUUUUUUCAAGAUAUUGUAUAUUUAUAUUGUUGAAUAUAAACUUUAAAAAUUAUUUUUUUAUUUGAUUGGACAUUUUAUUUUUUACUUCUUUUUUUAAUAAAAUAUAUUCUUCGUACUAGAGUAUAUAAUGCUAUUAAUUUUUUUGUUUUCUGUAUAAAAUUAUUUCUGUUUAUAUUGUCUAAUUUUCUUUCACAUUUCUCCUUGUUUUUUCCUUUCAACUUGUUAAGUCUGAGUUUCUCUACAUAACUGUGCCUCACUCCCCCCCCCCCAAAUCCAAUUACUGUACAUCUGAACGCGGUUCUAGCAAGUGUUCUCUACACACGUACAUAAUAUGUGAUAUUUGUGUAAUGCUUAACUUACGCUCACCCACGUCCCUCACUCACGAAAGUGUGCUCAGUUGUGCGCGCUCACUGGUUUGCUACACGUCAAGAGUCUGAGCUGCUGACCUUGACAUCUGAUCUAGAACUUUUUCCAGAAAACAAUCUCUACCAGCCGACUAGUUUCAUUACCAUGAGAGUUAUUGAAUGAACGAAGUCUUCCAUAAUAUAUACGUAUCAAAAUAAACUUUAGUUUUAAUGCAUUGUUUCUAUUAUGCAUAAAAAUAUUAACCAAGAAACGAUCAAACAAGAAAUAAACUUAUAAAAUAAAAACUAAACUACUGUUAUUUCACUUGCAAUUAAAUUGUCAUUAUUUAAAAGAUUCCAUAUACCUGCAUUCAUAUAUUUAUUCUUCAAGGCUUAUUCCAGUCCAAGACAUUUCUGUUGCAUCUCUACAAUCAGGAAAACUUGGAGCUGGUAAACAGUCCUCAGAAUGAACCUGAACUUCUCAAGAGGACAACACGAGAGUCAAGUCUCUACAGAAGGGGAAUCGGGUCUACGAGAGUAUUCGCGUCAAUGCUCCAAGCACCCGGGUCAUGCUGACUUUAUUUCAGUCAAAGAUUUCACAAUGCAGCAUUUACCCGAGAACCACCGUGACCCAGAUCUGUUCCAGCUAAUCAAGUGUGCCGCAGAGCUGACUGUCAGAAUCAUCGUUGGUACCGUCAGUCCACACAGGCCGGAAUUCUGGCCAGACACAAAUCAGCCGUAUCCUUUUUACGACAUGCGAGGAAAGGAAGUGACGACAACAGGAAGUGGAGAGAUUUCUGUUUUCAAAUUUAUAAAUGGAGCGGGGUUUGACGGAAGAGGAAGUCCUAUCGAUCAGCUGGGUAAUAAAUAUGUUAGAGAGUACACGACCUGUCCUUGUAAGUCGUGCCGGAAGUCGGAAACACCCAGCAAUGCAUGGUGGGAAAUUAUAGUUUACACAGCCUCGCAUGUGGUGUUUGACGAGAUCGAGGCCAGGCAGACUUCCUGUAGAAUGUUUUACGAUGACGAAGAGAGUCCGGCAGAGAUUUUGAGUCCCAUGACCCUAGAUUACGUCAACAAAGACAGAGAGGUGUGCAUCCUGAAGCAUUGGACUUGUCAGCAGCUCGGACAAAGACUUUAUGAUAUGGCUCAGCACAAGUUUACCUUGAGACAGAAACUUUGGGACAAGUACAAGGUUGUUCCUGACGACAAUUUAAACUUUAUAAUCUCACACCCACAUGGAUGCUUCAAAACUAUCUGCAUCGGUAAAUGGAUGGACAACAUUAAAAUCAGUGAGCGAAGCCAGGAAUUUAAUUUUACGCGUUUGACCUACACGACUCCCACAUGUCCAGGAAGUAGCGGCGCCUGGGUUCAUUGUGUGGCUUUCGGUGGUGAUCAUGUCCACUUUGGGGCUUUUCAGCCUGGUCUUAACAUCAGUUGUACUGGACUUUUUCGAAAGCAGCCUCUCAAUGCUAGUAAUAGUGCUAGUGGUUCUAGUGACCAAAAGAGCUAAGUUUUUUAACGUGUAAAUGUCAAUCAGAGCCCAAAAUUUUCCUUCAAGAUCAAAACCCAAAUUGUCCUUUUAUUACCAAAUGAAAUUGAUGUCUCAGUUACGUAAAGUUACAAACAUUUCUUCAAAACGAAAGAAGAUAAUUGCAUAUUAAGUAAUAUUAAAUCUAAUCGGGAGUGUUAAUUAGAAACUUAAGCAUUACGAGAUCAUCUACUCGGCUAGUGCUCUAUUGACAACUAGGGAAGAAAGAGGAACUUCUAAAUGAAUUCAUUCUGGGUAUGGCAUGGAAUAAGAAAUGUGCCCUUAUCUUUCCUAAUCUCUGUGUCUUUUCUGAGAAUUUUUUAUGGGUUUUGGUUUUGUAGUUUAUAUAAAAUUAUAUUUUGGGUAUAUAGAUCCAUUUCAACAUUAAAAGUCUGUAGUCUAGACUAGAACAUUGGAUCUAGAUGUAUGGCAUGGAAGAUUCUAGUUCAGCUUGUAUGUAUUAUUAGGCCUAAUACUUUACUUUAUAGCCUUCAGCACGAUGUUCACUUUAAGAUGAACAGAACAUAACGUAUAUGAAUGAUUAUUAUUACGUUUACUAAUAUGACUAUGGAAUAUGGAGGCGCGGUGGCUGAGCGGUAAAGCGCUUGGCUUCUGAACUGGGGGUCCCGGGUUCGAAUCCUGGUGAAGACUGGGAUUUUUAUUUCGGGAUUCCUGGGCGCCUCUAAGUCCACCCAGCUCUAAUGGGUACCUGACAUUAGUUGGGGAAAAGUAAAGGCAGUUGGUCGUUGUGCUGGCCACAUGACACCCUCGUAAACCGUAGGCCACAGAUUUAGAUGACCUUUACAUCAUCUGCCCUAUAGACCACAAGGUCUGAAGGGGAACUUUACUUUUAAUAUGACUAACAUAAGUCCGCUAAAGUCAUUGCUUUAAAUAAGACGUGCAGCAUAUCUUGGACAACCUUGGAGGAACAUGUAUUAGAAAGACUUGAACAGACUUCCAUCCGCUGAAGAACAUCCGGGGAACUAGGGAAUAAGCCCCACCACCAAGAUCACGCUCUUCAACAACAUUAUCUUAUCUUAUAAAAUACAGACGUUACUUCAAAAAAGAAGAUGGUUACGUCCUACGCGUCAUGCAUUUAGUCAUGCAUUUUAACCAAUGACCUAAAUUCUGCCAAGUCACUGAUUUUCCUGGCUAGCUCAGGCAACCCGGUAAUCAAUGCUCUAAUAGCGCUAGGGAAAAAAGAGCAUUUGUACAAAUUUGUCCUAGCAUAUGGAACAAGGAAUGUGCAUUUAUCUUUGUGUCUUUCUGAGUAUUUUAUUAAAUUUUGUUUUUGUAUUUGAAGAUUAUAGUUCGGUGUUUUAUGUAUAAUUGCAACUUUACUUUUAAGUCUUCUGUCCUGAAGGCUUUCUAAAUAUAGUGAUUUUACUAAAGGUGUUACUCUAGUUAAAUGUUAAUAUUCUUUUGUUAUGAAUCUCAAUGCUCUAUUUUGUGUCUGUUACAGUUUCUUAAUGUUUUCUUGAGUUGAGGGGUCCCAAACAGAGAAUGCAUAUUCUAUUAAGGUUUAAUAACAUUUUAGUUUUAUGUUCUUAUUUGAUUUAUAGAAAUUUCUUUUAAUAAACCCUAAUGCUUUAUUUGAUUUUGUUAUAGUUUCAUCAAUAUGUGGAUUCCAUGACAGUUUUUCAUUUAUUACAACACCUAGGUAUUUUGCGUUUUUAGUCUGUGUUACUGGUUUGCCAUGAAUAAAAUAAGUUUAAUUAA